AAAUAGCCAUUGUUAAUUCAGCGGUGUUGCUUCUAAUCGUCCGCAUUCUGCGCUGUAAGUAAUCCUAUCCUCGCCGAAAUUUUACGAACGGCGCCAUCACUCUCUAAUUUCUUUCACCAGACUGCCUAAAAUCAUUUAAUUUAACAUACAUUCCUUGUACUCUGUCAUAAUUUAUAGUGAAAAAGUGUUUUCAAAGAGCUCCGAUGUCGGUGAAUGACUUUCUUAUGAUCGUUUAUGACAAUUAAUGACUGGAUAUGAUGCGUAGUGACAACAAACGAUGUUUUGUGGCGAUGGUUCCUACCAAGUUGUGGUAAAGUAUCCUAAAAAAUUCAUAAGAACUGUGAAUGAUGUCUCUUAAAGAAAUCGGCUUCGUCUCAUCUCAUGACGGAGCCUAGGUGCGGGGAAUGAGGUCUAAUGACGUCGAACGACUCCUGAUGAAGGCGAAUGAUGCCUUAUGGCGGUUAAUGAUUUCUAAUGGCGGAAAUUGAUUUGGGUUAAGUAGGCGUUUUAUCCUCGCAUUGGUUGUGCUUGCCUUUUUACUUCAUAUGGCAUGGCGUUAACAAGUUAUUCAACACUUUUCAGCGGUAUACCAUAGAUUGACCCUCGCUACAAACGCUCGCCAAACGACUAAUUUGUACUGACUGUGAAAAUACCUGUAACUCGAGGGAUAUUCCAUAGUAUACAUUUGAACUAGUAUUUGUAACCCUCCACGAAUAACUCACGGGCACAGUAAAAAGACGUGCUUGACAAUAGGUAGUCGAUGAAAUGACACUGCGGCUUCUAAGCGGCUUGUCUAAUGGCACGAUUGAUUUAGAUUUUUCCUUUGUAUUUUUCAGGAAACAUUCCCUUAGGACUGAACAACAAUGCCAAGCAUGAACCUUACCACCAAAUCAUCGCACAGUACCUCAGCUGAUAACUCAUCAACCUCUGAUUACAGCUUGGGGCUCCCAGUUGACAUACCUCCAAUAACUCUGGGAAUAUUAAUCCUCUUGGCCAACGGCUUCGUCAUAGUUUUAGUAGCAAGGAAACAAAGAUUAAGAAGUUUAACAAACUUGUUGUUGUGCAGCCUGGCUUUAUCAGACCUCCUAACCGGGUUGAUCAGUAUACCAUUGUUUCUGAUGUGCAACUUAUUACAUAAGCCUGGAAUAUGUAUUGCUGAGGAUCAAAUGCUGCGAUUUACGUCGAUUUCAACCGUUUGCCACCUCGUGGCUGUUAGCGUAGACAGGUAUCUCGCCAUUAUUCAUCCUUUGAGGUACAAGGCGAUUUUUACUCACUCAAGAUGCAUUUCUGUCAUUCUGAGUAUCUGGUUGUUAUCAGCUACCAUGGCUUUGGUCCAGCUAAGUUGGAUGAACCCAGUAGAUCACGACCCACAUCAGGAACUCACCCCUGACGUAAUUAAGAAGGAGAAUAUUUAUGACGUCACAUGCGUCCUUGCUUUCACUGUUGUUCCGUUAGUCUGUAUGGUCUUCGUCUAUGCAAGAAUCUUCAAUGAAGUCUCGCGACAGAUCGAAUUCCUCCGAAAGCAAACUGCGCCUGAUAGCCAGGAUUCUCGAAAGCUGAAAUACGUCGAGAGGAAAGUUGUGACAACUUUUGCAGUAAUGUUAUUGGUCUAUGCCGUUUGCUGGUUGCCGUACUUCGUCCUUCGACUGUAUCGUCUGGAUCAUAUAAGAGUUAUUAUCAUGUACGUCAUCCUGUGGCUGCGAUUCCUGUCGUCCUUUCUAAACCCAUGUUUAUACAUCUUUGGAAAGAAGGAUUUCCGAUCGGCUCUGAAGUGGUCAGGGAGGAAAGAUAAACGUUACCAUUAUAAAGACAUGAUUCCGCUCAAACGUGUGGGGGCUCCAGUAUAAAACUCAAUGCAAGGACAUUCAAAGCGUGGAAUCUGUAAAUCUGUCCCAGAGGAGGCAACAGACGUAGAUACAACUAAGGCGUCGGCUGCUAUGUGUUAAUUCCGCUUCAGUUAUACUUUAAGUUUAAGAUGGAAUCAGAAAUUUUACCUUGUUCUAAAACUUCAAAUCUGUGAGCUAUAGCGGACGGAAUUAAUAUCUCACCAGUUGCGAGGCCGUUUUUAUCAACAAGACUAAUAUCUACAAGAAUUAAACUUUUUGAGUACAAUUAACAA